UACCCCAUUUUAGACGAGCGCCGCAUGUCUCUCUCACUCUCUCUUCUCUUUUGUUGUCCCCAAUUUUAGCCGUCCCCUUUUCAAGCUUCAAAGAGGAGCAAGGCAAAAUCUAAGCUUCCAGUCCAUCGCCUCUCUUUCUCAUCGGCCCCGGGCAAUUAGUUAAAAGGAAGGAAGGAAAGAAGCGGUUGCAAUGCCCAAACCAAUUUAAAAAAAAAAAAAUAAAAUCGGAAAGGAUCUAUUUGCAGUGAAAAAAGCCAGGUUGGGUUUUGUUUUGCAUUUUUCUAUUUCUGGGUCUGUUAACUGUUAAGGAAAUAGAAGGGAGAGGGAGUUUUUCUUCUCGGAAAUGUAAAUACGCUACUACAUUGAUGGAUUGAUAGAGCAAAAGAAAAAGAAGCAGAAGAAAGAGAAGUGAGAGAGCAGUUAUUGUUUAGUUGGUUUAAAUGCAGUCUGCAGUGGACUGUAUUGGUGGGGACCGUGGGGUAUAUUCAUCCUCCAUUCUUCAUUGUUCAUUCCUGCGGCUGCUUCCUUCAUCAUUUCUACCUCCUGCUCUCCAAAACAACAAUUAAGCAACAGGAGGCACUUUUAUCGCCUCGAUUUCCCACCUCUAUUUUUCUACUUCGGACUUUCUUUACGGGAUUGCUCUGCUCACUUCUAUUGAUGCAUAUUUUCCUUUUUUUAAAAAAAAAAUUAAACCAAUUUCUUUUAUUAAGGUGGUUCAGCUUUGUACCGUCUCUCUCUCUUUUUUGCGGGUAGGCCGACCCGGAUCCGAGACCCGUAGAAUCCGGUUCCGGAACAUAAAGAAGAGACCCGUCGGUAAACGGGUCGAAAUGGAUGCUCACAGCUCAGUUUUUGGAAAUUAUUCUACCAUUAAUAGUCCUAAAACCCAGUGUUAUGCUUUAAAGCCUGUGGCUUUUUCAAGUUCAAAACAUGUUCUCUUGAGGACCCAUUUAUCUUUUCCUUCAAAUAUUGCAAUUACGGAGAAAAGAUUGAGGAUAAGAGCUAGUGUUGAGGAGGUACACAGUGAAAUAGUUGGUCCUAAUGUGCUUGAGGAUAGUGUAAAAGCAAAAGUUAGGAGGAAAAAUCUAGCUGUUUUUGUUUCUGGUGGAGGUUCCAAUUUCAAGUCACUUCAUGAGGCAACUGUCAAUGGCUUUAUUCAUGGAGACAUUUCUGUCUUGAUCACCAAUAAACCUGACUGUGGAGGUGCAGAGUUCGCUAGAGAUAAAGGCAUCCCUGUCAUUUUGUUCCCUAAGGUGAAAGAUGGUUCUGUUUUGUCUUCCAAAGACCUUGUAAAUGCUAUUAGAAGCUACAAGGUCGAUUUCAUUGUCUUAGCUGGCUACUUGAAGCUUAUACCUACUGAGUUGAUUCAAGCAUUUCCAAGGUCCAUACUGAACAUUCAUCCUUCACUUCUUCCAGCUUUUGGAGGCAAAGGUUAUUACGGUAUGAAGGUGCAUAAGGCAGUCAUUGCGUCUGGAGCAAGAUACUCGGGUCCCACAAUACAUUAUGUGGAUGAGGAGUAUGACAGGGGUCGCAUACUUGCCCAAAGGAUUGUACCCGUGCUACCUAAUGACACAGCAGAAGAGCUAGCUGCGAGAGUCCUCCAUCAGGAACAUAAAUUGUAUAAAGAGGUUGUGGCAGCAUUAUGUGAAGAAAGGAUAAUCUGGCGGGAAGAUGGUGUACCUUUGAUCCAAUGCAAAGAAAAUCUUAGCGUUUAUAAGUAGUGCUUUCAACCAUCAUUCAAUCCCUUAAGAGAAAAUCUUCAUGCAAAAGCCCGUGGCUGCCUGUUCUUUUUGCUACAGUGUAUGUAUAAGCUAUAAUAUUGUGUUGCACUUACUGCUAAUGUGGGGUAGUAGAUAAUAUGCUAGCUUUACAGCAUAUCUAGGUAAAAGAGAGUUGAUUACCUGUAGGGGCUAAGUUUUCCCACAUCUCUUGCUAAUUGCCUAUCAAGAUGAUGAAUUUUACAAUCUGGAAGAGUGUAUUGAAAAUGCGGCUUUUUCAAACUGACAGUUUACUGUUAUUUCAUUAUCGCUGAUGAUUGCAGUAGUCAGCCUUGCUAGCUUCAAUAGCGAGGUAAACUGUUGCCUUUGCUCUUGUA